AUGAAUAGUUUUUUGAAAAGUUUCAUUGUGGCCUUAGUGCUACUCCAAAUCACCGAUGCUGCUCUGCCCGGUGGCCACAAUUUGGCCAAUUUAUUUUUCCGUUCCCGUAUGGUUAGCCGUGAUCCUGCCGUGACAAUGGCCUGCUUUAAUGACUACAUGGUCAAGUCAAACGAAAUCGGUGAAACCUAUAGUGAGGAUUAUAAUCUGUGUCUGGUGAAUGCCAAGGAUGGACGUAAACUCAUUGAAGAGGAAAUGAAAGUUGAACGCAGUGCCAUUGUACAAAGUGCCCAGGAAGUUUGUCAAAGUGUUCAGACCUGUAAUAACAUGAAUUCGACUUUGGGUAUUUUCAGCUGUCAUGCUGAUAUUGGAGCCAAGACCACCAAAUCUGUGUACAGCAUUUCCGGCAAUGCUUCCGAAUAUGCUAGCAUUAUGCAUGAGAAAUUCCGUUUAAUUGAUUUGAGACACGAUCAAUGCUGCAAGUCUGCCGAACGUAAAUAUGUUGAGGAUACCGCCUUGGUAUAUCGUCAUUUGCAAGAUUGUUUGGAGGGUCGUGUUGCUCCCACAACAACAACUACUACUACCACUGUCGCUCCUACCACUACUACAACCACCACAACUUUGGCUCCAACAACAACAACCACCAAGGCUACCACAACGACACCUACUACAACCACGACCACCACAACAACUGUUGCCCCACCCACUACAGCUGUACCAGAAAUUCCCGAAGCCCCCGUAACCGAAGGUAAUCAAUUGCAGGCUGUACUUGAAAAAACUGCCGAUAAAGCUCAAGAUUUGGCCAAACAAUUGAUUAAAUUCUUUAAUUAA